GAGACGCAAUUCGCUUUUGUCUCAUUUCAGCAUGUCAGUCGAGCGUUGAGAGAAAUGCGCGAAGAGGACCACCUUAUAGUAAUUUUAGUUAAAUAGAGAAGUCAGACGAUGAAAACUGUACGUUGCAUACAUGCUUCGACUUCCUGAAAACCGCAGUCAUGGGGUGCUGCUAUAGUAUAUGCCACAAUGAUUCAGAUCCUCAGGAUAAUGUCCCUAACGAAAGGACGCAUCUUCUUGAGGUCCCUGAACAGCAGCAGGAAUCACCAUCCCCAACCAUGUGUGCUUCUACACCUCCUCGAAAACCAGACGAGCAGAGUGCUCUAAAUAGGAUACUACAUGAGACUGCUACUAAUGUAAUAGAUGUGGGGGCUCUAGGCCCAUACUCGCUAGAAGCUAAUGCAUAUAGUGAAAGAGUGAGAGCUUACACAGCCCGAGCAGCUUCAGCAGCACUAACUCCACCGAUACCUGUAAAAUUAUUAGCUGACGUUCCACCGACCCUCUCCAAAGUGAUUCUCAAUGGUCCACCACCGGAUUGUGCAGAUAAGGAUCUGAUAACGAAUGCAGUGAAGAAAGCCGCGGCAGCCAUCUCCGAGCUCAGGGUGGAGCAUCACGAAGACCUGGUGGUGCCCUUCAGGGUGCCAUAGCGCAGGAGUGGGGCCUCGAUGUCUGACGACGCCCCUGACGUGUAGACUGAUGUCUGAUGAUUAACGUACUAUAAGCUUCAAAUAACGAAUUAAUUCUUAUAUGUAAAGAAACAAUUUUUUUUAGUUUAAAAAGAAAUAAACUUAUUUUAAUUAUAUUU